GCUUCUAUGAACUUACGGGCAAAGCCUCUUAGUACCAUCUUGACUGACCUUUCGGGUUUGCGCUUCAAUGCUGAAGCGACACCAUGCGCUACGCGCCAUAAGACAGCUACAGUCAAUGAAGCCGAUCAACAUCCUUUGAUAUUCUUUGAUGCGGUCGACAUGUGUGUAGGGUCGAUCUGGCUCAACCAAACGCGUAUCCGGAGAUGGCGAACAGUAAUGGCUUGGUAGCCUCAUCACUGCGACUCGGCUCAAACUUUGACUGGGAGUUUCUGAUAGAAUUACUCGUUUGCGGCGUCUUAUCCCUCUUCUUUCUCUUCUAUUUCAAUCGCGUCUUUGGUACACUGGUUUCGUACGCUCUACGCGCUUAUACUUGGCAUAAAUAUCGGGUGUACAUCGACAUUCAAGCACUGCAGAUUUCCUUGCUCGCCGGAAGAAUAUUCUUCAAAGGUAUACGGUACUAUGGCAACAAUGAAGCCAUAUUCGUCCAGGGCGGAUAUAUAACAUGGAGGUACUGGUUGCGGAGGGCCAGAUCUGCCGAUAUAUUCCAUGAUAAAAACGGCAUUCAGGCGCAGCAGAGCCCUGUUACUGAGAAAUCAGAGCCACAGUCGAGCGACAGUCAAAAUGGGGCCGACGCCAGCAGUGAAAAAGGUGACCCAAAAGGUCCUAACCCUCUCCCAUGUCGAAUUGUGGUUUGGAUGCAGGGGUGCGAGUGGUUCAUUUACAAUCGCAGUCCUGCCUACGAUGCCAUGAUAGCUAGCAUGGACGAAAGUAUCGGAGGCGGGAACCCUAGCGGCGAGCAUUUGCCAGACGCUGCCCACUCAACUUCCACAAGCCAGCCUUCUUUGAGAGCAAGCUCCAGCGAUGCCAGUGCAAGAAAGCGCCAAACGUCCCCUCCCGUGAACGAAAGUCGUCCGUCUCAGGAGAAUGUGUCCAGUAUUAUUCAGGAUGUAUCAGCUGCCGUUAGAAGCUCAGCGGAAUGCACUGAUCAACGCCAAGCGUCCAAUUCGAGCCCCUCGCCCGUCUUUCUCCGUCUUCUACCGGUUCAGUUCACCUGCGACAGAGGAGCGAUUGUAAUGGGCAAUGAAAAUACCACGUCAAUUCUUACUGCCAAGUUUGACAGAGUAGAUGGAGAAAUUGAUGCUUCUCAGUCCCGCCCUAUUGAUCAGUUCAAGCAAUUAAUCAACCUUCAGUUUCAGCACCCUGUUGUUCAAAUGAAGCCCAACAUGGAUUACAAGGAGCCGCAAUUAACGGCUGCCUCUCGGAUGAAAGAGACAUCGUCAGGAUUGGCCGCAUCUGGCCCCGGUAAAAGUCGUUCUUGGAAUUUUCGAAAACAAAGGCAUAGGCUUUGGCAUGGCCUUCGCGAUCUCGUUCCCUUUUUCCAGUCAUCGGUAGAGUCCUUUCCGUCGAGUGUCAGGGAUCGUAAAGAUCCUUUUUAUGCGUCUAUUGCUCCUUCAACAUUCAUUGGGGAAGAUCGUUGGCUUGGUCUCACGCGAUAUCUGGAUGAUGAAGAGCGGGAGGAGCAGGACAAAUGGGGCGCGGUGGAAUAUGCAAAAUCUUCUACCAUUGUUGACUCUCCGGGAAUUAGUCUUAAUGUUCGUUGGGAUGUUGCGGGUACAUUGCCUGAUUCUCCGGGGCUGGGAGCGCAACCUGGACGAAAAGGCCCGGAAGAUAUCAAUGGCGAUGAACCUCCGGAAUGGGCCAUGGACCUUACAAUUCAGGGCGGUGUUGUUCGGUAUGGCCCCUGGGCAGACCGUCAGCGUGCGAACCUGCAAUCAUUCUUCUUCCCCUUCAGUUAUCGCGACUCACCGCCAGCGCAGCCACUCAAGCCAGGACAAACGAGAAUGAGCACCGUUUUCCGUCUUUUUGUUGAUAUCGAGGACGAUACGAUCCUGCGUGUCCCAACCAGAGAGGGUUCCAAGGACUGGGCGUGGAAGGGCCGUGAUCACAACGUCGCCGGAGGACGUGUGCGGAGGCGGGGAAAGUCUGGUGCUGAAGCUCAUGCUGGGGACACUAAGAAAGGAAGGAAGCGCUCUGGCAAAGACAGCAAGGAUGACAAGGCUGUAUCAGGACCCGACAUUCGCCCUUUUGGCUGGCUAGAUCUCAAGAUAUCAAACAACUCGUCGGUUAGUUAUGUCAUGGACAUGGUGCCCGGGAGACACGGGUUUCAGAACACACUGCGUUUUGAUAUACGAAGUACCGAGCUUUUCACAAGCAUAAACCACGACUUGCUCUGGAGAAGCGGGCCAUUGGCGGUCAACUGCGAUCUGUCGAACCCUUUAAAGUGGAACGCCUUGCACACGUGGAAGUUCGACAUAUCUUCCGCAAAUCUUGAGCUUUUCUUACUUCGAGACCACAUAUUCUUAAUCACUGACCUGGUUAAUGAUUGGAGCGCUGGACCGCCGCAGGAUUAUUACACCUUUACGCCUUUCCAGUACAAUCUCAUGCUUGCCUUCCCAGACUUCAAACUCUACUUGAAUGCGAACGACUCCAACAUUAUUAAUAAUCCUUCAGAUCUUGAAGACAAUACUUUCAUAAUACUUUCAGGGAGAAGUUUGAAUGCUACUCUAGGCAUUCCAAAAAUGCAUUUCGAAUCAGAUAUCAACACGAUCCACUUCGACGUCGAGGCUGACCAUGUUGGACUGCGACUUCGAACCCCGCCGUGGAAUACGUAUAACACGUUUUUGGACGCUUCAGAGGUCGCUACAUUGAGGCAUAUUGACGUGAUUGGGGAUUAUACUUAUUAUAUCUCAACUUCUCGGGAUCUUACCGAUACAGUUCUUUUAGAUGUCCGUGGCCAAGAAUUUUCGAUUGAUCUCUACGGAUUCCUCGUUCGCUAUCUUAUGAAGGUGAAAGACAACUAUUUUGGAGAUGACAUUCACUUCAAAACCCUGGAGGAAUAUCAACAACUGGUCGCAGGAGACAAGAGCUUUUCUGAGGGCGCCGAAGCCUAUCAGUACCAUCAGUCAAAGACCAACGAUCUUGAUGUCAUUCUCAGCAUUGCUGCUGAGUCCAGUCGAGUCUAUAUUCCCGCUAAUUUAUACUCCGCCCGUGAAAACAUCACAGUCGAGGUUGAGUUCGUUGGCGCAGACCUUCGCUUUACCAACUACUAUAUGGACCUUGUAGCCGAUUUCAGUCCUCUGGCUGUUUCCAUGGGCCAAAAGAAUUUAUCCGAAAGUAUAGACGUGGAGAGCUCUGGUACCCAGAUAUUCCUCGAUGGGUUCAACAUAACAGGCCAUCGUCUCUUUGGUCUUCCGCCAACUGAACCGACCUAUGUUUGCAAUUGGGAUAUCGCUGUCGGCGCGCUGACUGGGGAAUGCUCUCCUCGAUUUCUCAAGCGACUUGCAUCGUCUUUAGAAUCUUUUGCGUUUUCUUUCCACGAUGACGAGAAUGCUCUUCCGGCAAAUCACCUCUCAGUCUUGCAUGAUGUGACGUUUCUCCGAGCAAGAAUGCAACCAAUCAAAAUUUGGUUUCUCGCGGAUGACACUGCCUUCCUAAUCAGCACCGACACUAUCAGUCUUGAUUUCAAUGACUGGGCAGGCUACCUCUUUUCAGAACGCUUGCAGCUCCUCAUUCCCAGCUUUACAAUGGCCUGCGUUGACAUUGGUUCGGCGUCUCGUCAUCGAGCCAAGGACAAUCUACCCGGACUCACACAUGCUUUCUUCCAAACGUCGCUUACCCUGGCAAUGGCAAAUCGGAAUCUUGAAUUUUCCACAACCAAAAAGAAGCAGCAACGGCAUAUUGAGUAUCAUGACCAACGCACUGGUCGUGCAGCUUUCCUUCUUUCGCCGUUCAAUCUUAAUGGAAAAGCUUCAAAGAAAACUGCAAAACAGGGCUCCAUCAACCCUCCGGCUAUACCAGUCCCGUUAAUGCCCGAUCCUGUACUUGGCCGAGCAGAGACAAUUUCAGAUCUGUCAAGCCAACACUCUCAAUUUAUCAACUCUUCUCAUGCUGGUCUUCAACGCAAAGCGUCAUCUUUUUCAUUGAGAUCAUCCAUUAGCUCCAGGCGAACUAUGAGCAUUCGGCGAGAACCGGCUUUUUCGCCAUCCUUCGGGAAGGUUGGGCAGAACAAACUGACUUCACGCCACGAGAAUCUACAUACUUGGGACAGGUCUAGGUCGCGAACCCCUUCUGCUCAUCAUGGGAGAACAGAGUCUCAAUAUAUCGGAUCUGAUAACACCCGGAAGGAAAGGAAUGCCUCGCCAAGAGGAUUUGCCUUCUCCAGCUCUUUUGCCGGGCCCCACUUUCCUCUCAUGUCCAUCAAUCUUGACUUUACGGAAGUUCCAGAGAUUCCUUCCGGUUAUGCCAACGAGCAAGACUAUAAAAAUGAAAUUUCAGCUGCGGAGGAGGUUCCGCAGCGAGCUUUCGACGAGGAUAUUACACAUACAAGUGUAAUGCUGAACCUCAACUCCGGUAUUAGGGCUUAUUGUAAUCCAAAAGCGCUGCAUUCCCUCUCCACUCUCCUUGAUGCUUUGCAACCAAAAGAUGCUCUGGGCAUCUUGGACUCCUUUCAGAUUGACGUGCUCCGCGACUUAGUCAUCAAUACUUUGAGAAAAACAAUGGGCUCCGGCAAAGUACACGACUUUAGUCUAAGGAUUCCCUACACCCACAUCCGGCUGGUCAAUCCGAUCGAUAAUACAUUAGAGGGUGUCAACGCCAGUGAGCAAGAUCAGUACAAUGUUGUCCUGGCUAAAGUCGCCAGUUCUGCGAGGAUAAGAACGAUGUACCAGGAGAAAGAAAAAUCGGAGGAAGGGAUACGAUCGUACGCUGUGCAUUUGUCUGUAGACUCAAUAGGUCUAUCUGCAAAAGAGCGUGUCAGCGCUCACAUAGAAGACCAUGCAACAAUUCGGAUGCGAUUGCACGACCUUAGCUUGUGGGUAGCAUAUGAGCAAAACUUGUCAGCCAAUAUCCAAUUUCGAGAAUUGGAAAUGUCUUCGAUGGGUACACACAUCGAAUCGUUGGCGUCCCUAAUCCAUCGAACUACCAUGCUUAUGGAAGAUCUCACAGACACGUUCGUCUUACUUGACGUCAGUCGCAAGCAGAGAAUACGUUACUUUAUGUUUCUGCUCACUAUGUCGGGAGCUCAUAUUCCUGAUCCUCCUUUCCUUAUUCGACCAUCAUACAUCUUGCGUGCUGCUCCUGAUCACUUGAGACUUCGUGAUUCCUGGAAAAUCAUAUCUCGGUUUCGCUACAUUUAUCGAAGCCUUCCAGACUCUGAAAAGGAAGCUUUACGCCACAAGUGCGACGGCGACUACCCUGUUUGUCCAGAUGACGCCGGCGCUCGUGUCAUAUCAAGUCUUGAUAAGUGGCGGAGCUGGGAUCUGGCGCAGAUUCAAAAUUGUGCUGCAAUGAAAAAGUUGUACGGCUCUGCCGUCAGCCCGGAAAGCCUUGAAGAAACGGGUGUUGUUGCCGGAAAAGUCACGAUUAAUACUGCUGCAGUCAGACUAAUCAUAGAUCCCGGGCCGAAUCAGAGCGAGAUUGUCCUUGACACUCUUUCUAUCGCGCUCUCACGCAACAUUCUUCCCGGGGCGAACUCUCCAUUGGAACUGUCUUAUACCGGCUCGGAGAGGAUAAUUACCCAAGUUCAUUCAUCGGAUGUUGCGAUUCGACUAAAUUGGGAGCUCUGCGAAUUGGUGGAGGAUAUUCUCAAACUUCAAAAAACAAACAACGGCCGGGUUCCUCCUCCUGUGAUGGAUGUUGCGUCGGCCAAAAUAUCGAGACCAAAAAGAGUCGAGAUUCAUACGAUAUUCUCCACAGAUAGCGGGGUGGUGGCCUUGAACACUAUUAAUUUGAAGCUCGUCUCUGCAAGCAAAGGCCUGAAAGGGUCUGUGAUGGGUACCGCUGAAAAGAACGAAGGCGGAGAUUUUCCUUUUAGCAUACUCGUCCACGCCGAUGCUGGUUCGAGUGAGAUUCUAAGUCAUUCUCGACAAUUAUCUCAGUCAAGGUUGCGCCAGCCAAGCAUCUUCAUUUCUCGCAACCAGAGAAAUCAUGGUGGUGUCUCUGCAAGUACUUGGCAGAUUGCCGGUGCGUGUGAGACGCUGACCUACAAUAUUAAGGAAGAAAUUCUCGGACUUCUCGAUAUAGUCGAUAUGGUUAUUACCGAUGAGGUCGCCUAUCUCCAUCGGCUGAUUUCUGGUCUUCAAAAGAUAAGUGGUCCGCCAGAAGAUGCUUCAAAAACAACCCCGGUCGCUGAGGUCUCAACUCCCCGAGUUAACCUUGCAUUAUUUCUGUCAAACUAUCAUAUCAGCAUUGCCCUUCUUCCAUACCUAAGUUACCUUACGACCGGGACGGUGAUUCGGACGUCCAUGUCUCCUUCAGUCAGAAGCGAUUUUUCUUGGACAUUUGACUUCGAUGUCAAGGAGCAGUUCCAUGCCAUACAAACCAUUGUCAACCAGAAUGCCGAGAGCGUCUCCCAUCUUAUCAUUCCUCCUAUCAAUGGGCGACUAUCGACAUAUCUGGGCACCGAAAGAACAGUCCUUGAAACUUCUAUAACUGUGGAAGCUAUUGAUCUUGAAGCGGCCGCGAUUCAGGGGUUUCUGAGUACGUUGAACAGACCUGAGAUUGAGAAUCUGAUGAAAGACCUUGAAUCAGACGUUCUCGUUGUCCGCAACCACGUAGAAGAGAUCUUCGGAACCUCCAAGGGAAGCAAAGAAGUUCAACCCCCGGAUGCGACAAAACCCUUUGUCUAUGAUGCGCAUAUCACAAUUGCUGGCAUCAACGUUUAUGCUAGUACACCUGGCGACUCUCCAGGUUCGAACCAAGCUCGGCUCAACUUGAAUCUCGGAAGUAUACAGAUGAAAGCCAAAAAUCUCAACCCGAAGGAUGACUUAAUUUUGGUAUUGCCCGAGAUUCUCGUCAAAUUAGCCCACGUUGAAUUCAAUAUGGCGCGCAUGGACGAAGACAGAAUGCAACCUUGCGGCAAUGUAUCAUUUGGGGCAACACUAACCUGCACAUCCAAACUGAAGAACACUAGAGAACAAGUGCGGAGCUAUCAUCUUGAUAGUGACGGAUUGGAUGUGAAUUUGUACGCUGAGACUGCUUCUACCAUCGUGGACGUUAUUACGCAUCUUCAAAAUAGGAUCAAGAAGCUAGAGUUCUCGAGAGAGGUCCAGUAUUUACGCAGGCUUGGUCAGCGAAAGGCAAUUGAGAGCCAACCUAAGUCUCAACUGGCGCCACAAGACACCAUUUCAAGUACUAUUUUGGCAUCGCUCUUCGCCUUUGAACUACUAAAUAUUCACGUUUGCUGGAUCGUUGGGUCUCCCGUUGGCGGUACAGAGCGCCGUGAAACAGAGGAUCUUGUCUUGUCCCUGCAAAAGAUAUAUCUUACAAAGCGGGAGGAAAAUGAAGCGAAACUUGUGUUGAGCGAUCUCCAGUUGCAAAUGGUUCCCAACUCUUGGCCAAAGCGCCAACGUUCCAUGAAUUCGGCCCUGCUUCCUGAAGUCGUUUUUAAUGUCGCUUACGUCUCGGGGAAGGAGGGUCAACGGUUCGCUUUUCAGGCAGCAGGCAAAAGCCUUGAUGUUCGCCUCACCUCCUCCUUUAUCCUUCCGGCGGAUGAUUUGCGGCAAUCCUUGGCCAAAGCAAGCCAACUCUUAAGGAAUGCAUCCGGCAAUUGGAAGGCACCGCCAAUCUCGGGCUCUGAAGGAUCACAGGGUCUCUUCAGCAAAAAGAAGUUGGCGUCUCUGCUAAUUGAUGCUGACUUCGCCGGCGCUGUCGUCUAUAUGCAGGGAAGGAAAACCCAGGCAGACAGGUCUCACGCGGGGUUCAGUCAUCUUUUGCAUCAUGGCCAAUAUGGAAGGUUUGGUCAGAAUGAAUCCAGUCCAAACGUAACCCUUCGAGCGCCAGGAGCUGCGAUCAAAAUUGAAUAUAAGUCUUUGGGUCCGAUUGAUCCUUCUCUCAAUGCCGAAAUUCAGAUCAAUGCCUCAAAUAACACGAUAUAUCCGACUAUUGUGCCCCUGAUAUUAGAGAUUUCUUCAAGUAUCAAGGAGGUAGUAGGCGAUUCAAAUGGAGAUGAUCAAAAAUCAGUUUCGGGGGUAUCCCAGUCGAAGUCUUUAGAUGAAGAGACUCUGCUUGCGGUGGAUCCUAACAGUGUGCUUGGCAAAUGUAGGGUGAACAUAGGAUUUCGCAUCUGCAGACAAGAGUUUUCGCUCAGCUGUCAGCCAAUUGCCCGAGUUGCGGCCACUGCCCAGUUCGAUGAUGUCUACAUGACUGUCAAUACUAUUCAAACUGCUGAGCAUGGCCGUUUUCUUGCUCUCGCAACAACUUUUACAAAUUUCCAAGCGACUGUGCAGCAUGUAUAUUCUCGCGAAUCCACGGCAAGCCUCGAAGUACGGUCCCUGGUUCUUUCCUUCAUGAACAGCAAGCAUUUAAGCGGGAAAAGCGGAAUAUCUGCUGUGCUCAAGGUCAGUCCGAUAAUAGCGCAUAUAAACAUGAAGCAACUCCAAGACUUUUUACUCUUCCGGGAGAUAUGGACGCCUCCAGAAGUUCGGCAUGCAAGCAAAGCGCAGCUUCCCGUACCGUCACAAGAGCCACAGGCAUAUCUCGUUCAACGUUACAAGCAAGUGGCUGCAGCUAGCGCAUUUCCAUGGAAUGCUACAGCUGCUAUCGCCAAGCUUGACAUCCGACUUGAUUUUGGCCAGGCCUUAGGCAAAUCGACGUUCAUAGUCUCAGAUCUCUGGGCAUCAUCGAGCAAAACAACGAAUUGGGAGCAGAACAUGUGUCUAGGAUUCGCCAGCGUCAAAAUAGACAGUGUGGGUAGGUUGAGUGGCUUUGUCGAAUUGCAGACGUUCAAGGUCCGCACAUCCAUACAAUGGCCAGUCAGGAACGAAAGCAUCAAUCAAACGCCAUUGGUUUCCGCUUCAUUAGGCUUUGGUCGUCUUCGCGUCAAGGCUGCUUUUGAUUACCAAGUCUUCCUCAUUGCGGAUAUCACGGCAUUCGAGUUCUUGAUGCAUAAUGUUCGGGAUCCGGGACAGUCCAAUUCAGAUCGCCUCGUCGGUAUCCUCGAUGGCGAUGGGGUGCAGGUUUUCUGUACAGCUACAAGUGCGGCUCAGGGUUUGGCUUUAUACCAGACAAUUGUUCGCUUCAUACAGGAGAAAAAAUCCGCCUACGAAGCUUCGUUGAGGGAUAUAGAGAGGUUUUUAAUGCGGAAAUCAUCCCAGAGCCAGCCUCCUCCUCAAUCGCUCGGUCACACAGCAAAGACACAUGACCGACCGAUAACUAGUCCCAUAUCUUUACAAACUGACGUCAUGGUGACUCUCCGAAGCGUGCAUGCGGGCGCCUUUCCCAGCACUUUCUUUGAUAGUCAGAUUUUUAAAUUGGAAGCCCUUGACAUGCAAGCUCGCUUUGCAGUGAGGAUGGAAAAUGGGAAGAUCCACAGCGGUCUUGGCUUGAACCUCGGGCAGCUUUCUGUUGCGCUAUCUGCAGUUCGACGCCCGAACGUCCCAAAGGUUUUGGGAGAAGUUGACGACACGGAGCUCAUUGAAUGUGCCAAUGACAGCCGCGGCGGGACAAUCUUAAGAGUGCCCCAGACAGUUGCUACGAUGCAAACUUGGCAGGUUCCAGACUCGAACCAUAUUGAUUACAUUUUCAGAAGCUCUCUCAAAGGAAAGGUUGACGUCGGCUGGAAUUACUCUCGCAUCAGUUUCAUCCGUGGAAUGUGGGCGAAUCACUCUCGCUCUUUAGCCCUGAAGCUUGGGAAGCCGCUGGCUCAGUCGACUUUCCAGAUAACGGGCGGGCCAGAGCCUGACGAUACUGGGAAAGAUACAGCAUCCAAGCGUGCUGACAGUGAGCAAAACAAAAUCACCGCCGUGGUUAACGUUCCCCAGUCCAAAUAUGAAUACACGGCACUUGAGCCCCCCAUCAUUGAUACGCCACAAUUAAGAGACAUGGGAGAAGCAACCCCUCCUUUAGAAUGGAUUGGACUCCACAGAGAUAGGCUGCCCAACGUCACUCAUCAAAUCCUGAUCGUCUCACUGUUAGAGAUUGCCAGAGAAGUGGAGGAUGCAUAUACGAAAAUUCUUGGUUCUUCUUGAUUGCUUUACUUUGAUAUCAUUUUGUUACUCGUUCACCAGGCGAUGGGAAAGAACAAGGGGUAAAUGGCGUUUGUGUCAGGUUGUUCUCGGUAGAUACUGUAUUAUUUGUCCAUGUUCGUCCAUAAGAUUACGGCCUCUGCGUACCUAUCCCACAAAACUAGGUUCGCGUGAUAAAAAAGUUUUUUAUCACAACAC